CGCUGGGAAAAAAACCAUUGGCGAUCUUUGUUGUGGUUCCUCUAGGUCAGAAACGUCAUGAUUGAGUCUGCGAAUGAGAUUCCCGUGUGUAGGCUCGUCACACUACAUUGGGAGGUUCACUACAUGGCCUUGGCCCACCCCCCACCUCAUCCCCCACUCGUUACAUAUAAUUCAUUUCCCAGAGGCAUCAAGCCGUUAUUGCAAAGCUCGGAUAUACUUUCAAUAGCUAGCUAGCAGCAUGCAGCAAACGAAGCCCUCAAGAUGCGCUGUGGUCGGCUGCACAGAUCCGCACAGAUCUAUACAUCAUGUUCCAGCCUCAGAAGAGACAAAAGCGAAAUGGAUGGAUUUCAUUUUUGAAGGCAAUGUCCCGGAAAGAAUUGGCAAAAUUUUGUUUGUGUGCGCAAACCAUUUUGAAUUGGACUGUUUUACCAACCUGGGCCAAUAUAACGCUGGACUCGCAACAAGAUUGACUUUGCACGCGGGUUCAGUACCAUCUAUCCGUCGCAUUUCAGACGAGGGAUAUGCAAGCACACCUGGACAGUGUGCUAGGGUACAUCAUGUAGCCUGCCAAACGGAUCGACCAAAGAUGUGCACAGUUGGCACGCAGCAUUCUGUGAAAACACCGCGACCUCACUACAAAAGUACAGGCACACAGAAAACUGUGCCCUGCACUGAUGUCGGUGUUGGAACCUCAGCUGUGGCCUUCAAAGCAUCACAGCCAUUCCUAACAUCGACCGCAAGUAAGAGACCUCGCUUGGAGGAGGAAGAGGACAACCCUUUUGAUGGAAGUUCAAGUAUGGACUUCGGAGAGCCACAGGAUGCUACCUAUGAUCCUGAUGACUCGGUCACAGUCUUGACUGACUCAGCAGAUGUGACAAUGGAAUCUUCCAACCCUGUUCAUAAGACACCCACAUAUAUUGUCUAUGAAAACUGCCUCUUGGAGCUGUUUGAGGUGUGCCCUGUGUGUCGGCGGGUGACAGAUGUGCGGACAAGAAGGGUUGGGACAUUCCUCUCUGUAGAACAGAAGUGCCCACACUGUCAGUUCUACAGGAAAUGGAAUAGUCAGCCUCUUCUUGGUAGCACUCCUGUUGGGAACAUCCAACUGUCAGCUGCAGUGUAUGCCACUGGUGCAUCUUUCUUCAAACUGGAGAAGAUAUUCCGGGCAAUGCAGUUGAGGAUGUUUCAGUAUGACACAUUCCGAAGGCACGCCCGGAUGUACAUAGAGCCUGCAAUCGUGCACAGCUGGAAAACCGCGCAGGAUGGCAUGUUGGACCAGUUACGCCAGCGACAGAAAGUCAUCCUAGGUGGUGACUUGAGGGCUGACUCACCAGGACAUUGUGCCAAGUUUGGCAGUUACACGGUGAUGGACCUGACGAACAACACUAUUAUUGAUCUUCAGCUGGUUCAGAGCAAUGAAGUCGGAGGGAGUUACCACAUGGAGAAAGAGGGUCUGAAAAGGAGCCUCGCUCUCUUGGAGGCACGAGGUGUGACAUUGGAUAGCAUUGUCACGGACCGCCACCCUCAAAUCCAGAAAUUCCUGAGGGAGGCCAACAUCACACACUACUACGAUGUUUGGCACAUGGAAAAAGGACUGUCGAAGAAACUUGUCAAGAUUGCCCAGAACAAAGAAUGUGAGAAACUGAAGAAGUGGCUCCCCAGCAUAAAAAACCACAUCUACUGGACAGCCGCUACGUCAACAUCAGGGCCAGAGAGAGUGGCAAAGUGGACCUCCCUCCUUAACCAUGUCCAAGACAUCCACUCCCAUGAUGACCCUGUUUUCCCCCAGUGUUUGCAUCCGCUACGCAUUUCAAGGGACAAGAGCAAAUGGUUGACGGCAGGGACACCAGCCUUCUGCAGACUAGAGAAGGUGUUGACUAACAAGAGGGUUCUGAAAGAUGUGGGGAAGCUGAGCCCUCACUACCAGACCUCGUCGUUGGAGUCUUUCCACAGCGUCAUUCUGCGUUUUGCGCCAAAAAACGUAGUCUUUCCUUUUCUUGGAAUGUUAUGCAGACUCUACCUGGCAGUCCUGCAUUUCAAUGAAAAUGCUGGGCGUCCCCAAGCAACAAGUUCAGCUGGUGAGCCGCUAUUUAAAGUGAACCUCCCAAAAUACAAGAAGGGCGAGUGCACUGCAAAGCCGGUGAAAGCAGAUCCAACAUUCCAGUACGUGGAUAACCUGUUGGACCUCAUCUUUCACGAGGUUUUUCAGGACCCGGCCCCAUAUGUGAAUGAGGUGCUGAAGAUCCCAAUACCCGCGGAUCUCUCUGCCCAGUUUGAGAAACCUGACAAGCGGGAAGUUAUAGCCAGCUAUGUUUUGAGGUUCAAUCGAGGGCAGGUCUGAACCCCGUAUACCUUCCUUGAGCAUCAGGGAACACUCUUCGUAUCUGGAGCACAACGCAGGACGGCAGGACCACCCUGAUUCUCCGGCCCAGAUAGCCCCAACACCAGCUAACAAAGCUUCUGUACGCCAAAUACCUGUAACGUCUAAGCAAAGUUUACAUUGUAUAAGAGAAUAAAAGGUGAUACACAUAUAUAAAGUAUUCCUUUGUUUACAGGAUGGCUACGGUUGGCACAAAGUGUAAUUUUGUAAUCAAUGUUUUUAUUAUACUUUUUUUAUUUUAUUUAUUACAUAUGUACCAGCCGUUACAUUUAAUAACUAUGUUAAAAAAGCUCUGUGGCAUUCUUUCUAGCAAUCUUUCUGACAUUAAAAGUGUAUAAAAACAGUUUUGUGUGCCUUUAGUGUUUGAUAAGUAACAUGUCAACAAUUGACGCGUGUAAAAUGAGCAGUUAGCAAAGCAAUA